GCUCUAGUGCCGUCUGGUUGUUAUAGUGAUAAACUGAGGCCUUGCCUUUUGGCUUUUUCGGAGAAGGAAACGGGUGGGGGACUCGGGGGGUUAACCUCUUCCCCCAGGGAAGACAGAAAGAAGGGGCGAAGAAGGGGGAUGGGUGAAGAAGAGAAAAAUACGUGACAAAGAAAACAUUCUCUGCCUGGGAGGAGACUCACAGAGGGUGUAGAGCUGGAGGGAGCAUUCGCUGGCCAUGCCAGUACUUACCACUGAUGCUGAGUCAGAAACAGGUAUCCCAAAAUCCCUUUCCAAUGAGCCUCCCUCAGAAACCAUGGAGGAAAUAGAGCACACAUGCCCACAGCCUCGACUGACCCUGACUGCACCUGCCCCAUUUGCCGACGAAACCAGCUGCCAGUGCCAAGCGCCCCAUGAGAAACUGACCAUUGCUCAGGCCCGCUUAGGAACACCAGUUGACAGGCCUGUCAGAGUCUAUGCGGAUGGGAUAUUUGACCUCUUCCAUUCCGGUCAUGCAAGGGCACUUAUGCAAGCAAAAACACUGUUUCCCAACAGCUACUUGUUGGUUGGAGUUUGCAGUGAUGACCUCACCCACAAAUUCAAAGGCUUCACUGUGAUGAACGAAGCAGAGAGAUACGAAGCUCUCAGACACUGUCGCUAUGUGGAUGAAGUCAUUAGAGAUGCUCCGUGGACACUCACCCCAGAGUUUCUGGAAAAACACAAGAUUGACUUUGUGGCCCAUGAUGAUAUACCCUACUCUUCUGCUGGUUCUGAUGAUGUUUACAAGCAUAUAAAGGAAGCAGGAAUGUUUGUUCCAACUCAGAGAACGGAAGGCAUCUCAACGUCAGACAUCAUCACCAGAAUCGUCCGCGACUAUGAUGUUUAUGCCCGACGCAACCUGCAGAGAGGGUACACAGCCAAGGAGCUCAAUGUCAGCUUCAUAAAUGAGAAGAAGUACCGCUUCCAGAACCAAGUAGACAAGAUGAAGGAAAAGGUCAAGAAUGUAGAGGAAAGAUCAAAGGAAUUUGUGAACAGAGUGGAAGAAAAGAGUCAUGAUCUCAUUCAGAAGUGGGAAGAGAAGUCAAGGGAAUUCAUUGGCAACUUCCUAGAGCUGUUUGGGCCUGACGGCGCAUGGAAGCAGAUGUUCCAGGAGAGGAGUAGCCGGAUGCUGCAGGCCUUGUCCCCGAAGCAGAGCCCUGUGAGCAGCCCCACCAGGAGCCGGUCCCCCUCCCGCUCCCCAUCGCCCACCUUCUCGUGGCUCCCGAACAAAACCUCACCCCCCUCCUCACCCAAAGCAGCCUCAGCCUCCAUCAGCAGCAUGAGUGAGGGGGAUGAGGAUGAGAAGUAAAGGCUGCCGGCAGACAGCAAGGGCCGCACCGCACAGGCUGGGGCGAGGGUGGGGUCACCGGGUGUGCCUGGGUGGGGUUGGAAGGGUGACGGUUGCAGGAGCUGCAGCUCAGCUAAGCGAAGGCCUGGGGACCAGCUUUCCCUCAGUCUCCACUCAGCAUAAGACUUGGGCUCUGCAUGGAGGUUUCAAGCCGGACAACCUUUACAAACCUUCUUAGCAGCAUCUAGAAUCACUACUUUAACCUUGCUAAAGAAAGAUGCAGAGCACCCCCAGGAGACUUGCACGGAGUCGGGUGUCUUCUGCUUUGGUCCUUACACCCACCCCUACCAAGUCCACCACCCAUGGAAGCGGCUGUUCCCUCAAUCUGCUACUUCCAGCUCAUAAGGGCCCUGCACGUUGCCUCCUACCACCCAAGCUCUGCCAGAAUAAAGUUGUUUCCGAUA